AUGCCUGCGCUUCCAAUACACAACCCAAUACCCUCUGGGCCCUCAUCCUCCCAGACUCGUCCCAAGAGCACCAUAUCCUCAAACCCACCUCCCAUCAAGUCGGCCGCCACCACCACCACCACCACCAGAGCUCCUUCUGCGCGCCUCCCCCCCGAACACCACGCAAUCAUGCUCCGCUACUCCCUCUCCCCUCGCACCAUCCACGCCCUCGCUGCCCUACCCCACGCCGCCCCGCCUGAUGAGAUCCUCCGCUGCGCCGCCUCCGCCACCGAGUUCUUCUCCUUCACCUUCUCGCCCCCGGAGAAGGUCGCCUUCGCCGGCAUCAAUAACGACCCCUCGACCCGUUGGCCCGUCCGCGAGGCCCUCGCCCUCCCCUGGCACAAGGUCUUCCUCGUCGCCCAGUGCGAGGCCGCCGGCGGCGACUACGGCGACAAGCUCUCCCUGCAGGCCCGCAACGCCCUCUACGCCGCGCGCGGCCGCAUCGUCGACAUCCUCGGCCAGGUCAUGCGCGCCUGCGCCGACAUCAUGGGCUCCCGCCUGGACGCCGCCGGCCUCCGGCGCGCCCUCGAAACCUGGCGCGGCAUCGUCCCCAGCAUUGGGCCCAAAAAGGUCGCCUCGCUGGUCGCGCACGGCGUCCGUUCCGUACGUCAGCUCGCCGACCUGGAAUUUUACCACAUCGAGAGGAUUCUGAGCCGCAACCCGCCUUUCGGUCAGAAGGUCCUGCGCAGCCUCGCGCACUUUCCGCGUCUCGCCCUCGUUGUCGACGUUGCCAAGCGGAAGGAGGGCACGCGUGACGUCGUCAUCAGAGCCGCGCUGGGUUGUUCGAACCGGGAGAUCCCCGUCUGGAAGGACAAGGAGCCUUAUGCCACCCUGGGAGCCGAGACCCCAGACGGCAGGCUGGUUUUCUUUUGGAGAGGCAAAGUGAAAAGCCUCAUGUCGGGAAAAGUGUUUGCGUUCCCUGUUGAGGCGGUCCUCGGUCAGACAGUGUUUGUGUGGGCGAGCUGCGAGGAGAUUGCCGGCACUUGUGUAACGGACGAGGUGGAGGUCUGA